CUGGGCACCCUGCGUUUCUGUGGCACGACGGAGUUCGCAAGUGGCCAGUGGAUUGGGGUGGAGCUGGACGAGCCAGAGGGCAAGAAUGACGGAAGCGUUGGAGGAAUACGCUACUUCAUUUGCCCUCCGAAGCAAGGGGUUUUUGCCUCUGUGUCUAAAAUCGCCAAAGCCACAGACCAGAUGCCAUCAUCGGUGACGUCCACCCCAAAAACCCCCCGCAUGGACUUCUCCCGCAUGACCGGGAAGGGCCGGAAGGACAAGAAAGGUAAGGUCAAAGCCCCGAAGUCUCCCUCCGUGGGCAGCCUGGACCGAGAAGGGCUGAAGAUCGAGAUCGGGGACCAGGUGCUGGUGGCGGGGCAGAAGCAGGGCAUCAUCCGGUUCUACGGCAAGACGGACUUUGCGCCGGGUAAG